AUGUCAGCUCCUUAAAUUAUAAUUGAAUAGUAAUCUUAACUUAAUAGUCCAAUUGAAGUAGAUGGAGCUGUUUAUGUAGCUGCAUAAAAUGGAGAAAUAAUUUAAUACAAGGAUGAAUAAUCGAAAGUAUGAUUUUUCAUUCUCAAUUCAGACCUUUUUUCAUGUAGCUAGUCAACCACAUUCUAUAAAAAUGGAUAAUAGUAAUAAAGUGUUUUAUGUUGCUAACAUGGCUAGAUAAUGCAUUUAAAAAUUUUGUUAAGAGGAAAAUAAUGAUGAAAUAAUUGAUUUCAUUAAUGAAUUUGAAGGAAUGCCACUUCUUGGUCCAAAUUCACUUUUACUCUCUCCUAAAAAUAGUAAUUCACUUAAUUAAUCUUAGAUAUGAUAUUUUUUACAGAUUCUGGACCUUUCGGAGAAACUGCAAUUGAUAACUGUAAAGGAUCUUUGUUUGCAGCAGAUUUAGAAAAUUUAACAUGUAAAGCAUUAGCAUUAUAUUGUCUUUCAUUUCCAAGUGGAAUAUGUAUGGGCAACGAUUAAAAAACUAUUUAUUUAUGUGAAACAGGAAAAAAUAGAAUUUUGAGAUUUGUUUAAGGAAAUGCUGGAAUAUACUACUUUAGGUAUCAAAUUUCAUAUUAUUUUAGUGUGUAUAUUUAAUUUUAAGGAAGGUUUGGUCCUAUGGCUUGUGCAGUCUCAUCAAAUGAUCUCUUAUAUGUAGCCAGAUAUGAAUUUGCUUAAGUGUCUGAGGAUGGACUUAUAAGUGUAUAUAAUUAGAAUGGCAUUAAUAUUGAUAAUAUAAUAUUGCCUCAAUAUCCUGAAUUAACAGGAAUGGCAUUUUCUGUGUAAUAUUAUAUUUUUGUAUCAUUUAGAUUACAACCUAGUGUAUUGUAUAUAACUGAGAAUUCUUCAAAGGGAAAAUGCUUGAAACUCAACGUAACUCCACCUGACAAAAAAGAUAAAGAUAAAUUUAAAUGAU